UAUUUAUUGUAUAGUAUGUCAAACACAACACAAAUGAUAACAAAUUUGAAAAUUAAUUAAAAUAUUUAAACAAAUAUUUGAUUAAAUUUAAUAGUUAUUACACUUAAUGAAGGAGUGAUUAUAUAGUGGACACCAAUUCAAGUGAUUAUUACAAGAGAUGAGUGAAACAACAGAUGAUUUGUCAUUUAAGAUUGAAUGUAGUGAUGACGAGAACUACGACAACAAUGAAAACAAUUAUCGUGUGGUCAACGGCAAGAAGGUCUGGGAGCCGACCGGUGCAGACAUCGCACGACUUUAUCAACAAUUGGAGGCCAAAGGGUUCAUAGAGUUGCGGUGGCAGUGCCCCGGACGCAGGUCACCAUCUGUUCACAAUUUAGCCAUCAAUAAUAAACCCGAUGUUAUCGAUAACGAUACCAAUGGUUCAGAUAACAAGUCAUCGCUAAUGAAUGAGUUUGACUUUGAAAAUGAUUUCAAUGAUGACCACAAUUUGCUCCCAAUGGCCACUAAAAGUGGGUCACAGACUAAAAGGCGAUCAACCGGUAUUAAAAAGCAAACAAAUCUAACAAAAGUGAUGGCAGACAUCAAGAAAUAUCAUUUUGUAGACCAAACAAAAAAAUUGACAAUUCAUUCACCAAAAGUACAGACAGACACUAUUGCGACCACCAGUACUAAUGUGACGGCACUAACUGCUUCAAUAUCAUUGCCAACACCUACAGCACCCGCACCACACACACCCACUACUUCAUCACCUGUACUACCAAUGCAUUCCAUAUCUCCAAUCACUAUACCAUCAACUGUACCAUCAUUUUCAUUAUCACUGCCAAUUACUUUCAAUGAAUCCACGCCAACAUCUAUUCCUUUAUCUGAAAGUCCUGUUAAAACACCUCCUCUACUGUCAAUCGAUCCAAUUAUAACAACAGUGACAUUACCUCAAGUGAUCUCAACAACAGAUACAACUCAAUCAUUAUCUACGACCAUCUUUGACAAUACAACAAGUGGUCAAUUUGUAUCUUCUAUUAGAAGUGAUUCACCAACCGAUAUAUUGCAUGAAAAUUGAUUCAAUUGAGUCAUAUUAAGUCAUUAUAAUUGAUAAUAUAAUUUAUAUUUCAAACUGUAUUUUUGUAAAUCUUAUUGUCAUUUAAUUUAAUUUUGAAAUAAUUAUCUCAUAGUUAUAUUAC